AGCUAAGCUGUUUUCAAUUAAAAUGCAAUAGAUUUAUUUUUCAAUUAAUUGUUUGAAUGCAUUUAUUUAGCUUUACUAAUUAAUAUGAUUAUGUAUCUAAGUUUAUGUGAUUAUCUUUUUGGAUGGCUAACACUGGAAGUUAACUUUGAGAAAAGUGUCGACUAGAAACCAUUGGAAAGACUUUCCAUUGAAUCUUGUAUAAGGUUUGAGGUCACAUAAUAAAGUUACAUUAAAAUUAAACAAAAGUAAUUGUAGUUGCUGUUGUGUCUCCAAAUUUGCUUAAGGCAAUAUUUUUGAUUGUUAAUGAUAACCCAACGAUGAUGCUCUGGAUGGAGCUGAAAACCUUUAAUUCAGUUAAGUUAAGCUGAAAUUAGUGUUUAUUAAACACCAUUACUAACAUUUAUUGUUAGCAUAAUGUAUGGGAAUCAAGUUAUUGUGAGCAACAGUGUAUCUUUCUUGAACAUAAAGACAAUAUUAUCAUCAUUUUGUUAGAAAGAUCUUCUGUAAGUGUAAAUCGAUCAAGAAAGGUUUAGUUUUUAUGAGCUCGACCCAACUGUAAAUUCAAUCGUUAAUGUUUUUAUUUACUUCUUAGCGAUCACCAUUCAUUGACUAUUACAUUCAUGAUAAUAUUUAGGUCCACUCUAUUGGGCCCCUUCCUUUUGUAGAGCUAAUUCUUUAUCUUAUAUCGUAAAGAAAACUUGGAAAUGUCGUUAUGUGUUAUUUUUAACUCAAUGCCUUGCUAUUUUAAAAAUUGUGCUUGCACAAUUUAAUAUUUUCUCACUCUAAAUGGUGGCGGUAAAAGCUAUCGAAAAACGCUAAUAGACUUAAACAUAUGACUGAUAAUUCGUAUUCUUAAUGAAAUUGUUUAUUUAGCUCAUUGUCACAGUUUGUUUUGAUUGGAAAUUACCUUGAAGUUUGAAACAUGUCCGAGUCAACAUUAUUGAUAAAUCAACUACCAGAUGAUUGUCUGCUUAAAAUCUUUUACUUGAUUUGUGAUUUACCGGAUUUAAUUCAUUGUUAUCAAGUUUGCCAAAAAUGGAAUCAACUGAUCUCCCAUCGAGCCAGAAAAGCUAAAUAUCUUUUGGUUGGAUGGUCUCAACUUCGAACAUGGAAAUACAGCUUUGCUCCUGAACCUAAGGUUCCAAAGGACUCAAUCUAUUACGAGGGAAAAUUUAAAUUUCCAGAAAUAGAUUUAGCAGAUUUAUUUACCAAGAUUAAAAUUCUUGAUUUAUUCUUCUUGGAUAAUUCAGAUCCUGGAUUAAAAACACUUGUAAACUUCAUUAAUAACUCAGAAUCUUUAAAAGGACUAAUCUGUAAGCGUGACAUGUUGCAUGAAUUAUCAAUCAAUUGUCAACACAUUGAAAUGCUUGCAACCGAUGGUUUAAAUGAUUACUACACUAAUCAAGGUUAUGGAGCUAAAUUGUCGCAACUGAGUCUAUUCGAAGUCGUAUUUACAGAUUUCGCUCUGAAUAUAAAACAUUUUCCUGGAUUGCGCAGAUUACAUCUUAAAACAUACUCUCAUGACCAACGUGAAAGUAAUGGACCUUACCCAGGACCUGAGUUGAAACAUUUGGAAAUCCUUGAAUUGUUGACAUGGGUUGGAAAUUUACAUGUUUAUUAUGGAUUUCAGUUUAUGGAUCACUGUCCAUCGUUGAAAAGUGCCUUCAUUACCAUUGAAUUUGUUGCUGACGUAUUCAUCAACAAAAACAUUUUAAAUUAUAAUCUACAAGAUUUGGUCAUUACGUUUGCUAAUGGAAUUGAUCUCAAAGUAUUGCCCGCUGUAUUGGUCAAGUAUCCAAACAUCAAGCAUCUUGGGAUACUUUUAUAUGGCUCAGCGCGAAGUAAAAUCAAGGAACAUCAUAUUAUUGAACUGUUUAACAUUUUACCCAAAUUAGUUGUUUUGGAUUUAACUGGAAGCUUACUUAACAAAUCUGCUAUAGAUUUUAUUGACCAAUAUUGUCUAAAAAACAAUCGACAAAUAACUCUUUAUGAUGGACGUCAUCACUUCGUACCUAAAACAUUGAGAUGUUACAAACGCAUCACUGAAGACUCCGAUUUCUUAAGAAAUGUUUUUUUCAAGAACAGAAAGUCUUACAAUUUACCUUUAUUAAUGGACCAGUGAUAAGGUAUGACGAGUAAUGUUUUGGACUAGUUUUUCAAAAUUCAAUUGUGACAGUUAAACUAGACUUACAGGCAUCAUUUAAACAUUAAAAUGAAGGUACACUUCCCAAGAACAUGUUGCGCAAAAAUAAACCAAUUUUGAUAAAAAGUUAUUGCGUUAUGGUCUUAAAUCAAAGAGCUCCUCUUUGUCUUAAAUGGACAAAGGCGUCAAAAUCUAAUUUUACCUUUCGUCAAAAACCAUGUACUGUCAACUUCAUACCAGGGUUCUGGCAAAAUUUGGUCUCAAAAUUGUUAAAAAAGAUGCAAUUCGACUAAUGUAACUUAACAUAGAUCGAUUGAAAGGUUCAGGUCACCAUAGAAACGGAGAUUUCAAGGAGAGUUGUUAAAAAAGUGAAUUUUUUUGCGAAUUGAAAAAAGACUUUUGGAAAAAGAACUUAGAUUUCGAAUAUUUCAAGAGAUUAUUCCCAAAUAAAAGAUCAGAACUUCAUCGAUAGAAGAAAAGUGACUUCUGCUCUUUUUAUUUUUGAAUAAUCUAUUGAAAUAUUCGAAAUCGAAGUCCUUUUUCAAUCGGCGAAAAAUCUCGUUUUAAUCAAAUGUCCGUGAAAUUUAGCUUCAAUGUUGACCUGAACCUUUCAAUCGAUCUAUGUUGAGUUAUAUUAGGUGAAUUAAUUCGCUACAAACAACUUUGAGGCCAAAUUUGGCCACUUUUCGAUUCUUCAGAACCCUGGUAUGAAGUUUAAAAUAUAUGGUUUUUGACGAAAGGUAAAAUCAGAUUUUGACGCCUUUGUCCAUUUAAGACCAUAACUUGACAAUUUUUGAUCGAAAUUGUAUUUUUUGUUACGUUGUUGAAAAUUUAAGCUUUAUUUUAAUACUUAAAUGGUGCCUGUAAGUCUAGUCUAACUGUCGCAAUUGAAUUUUGAAAAAUUAGUCCAAAACAUUACU